AGCAUCGGGCUCGAACGCCCAGCAGCCUCCCCCUCUUUGCAGCACGCGCGGUGCGCGCCGCCGAGCCCUCCGCAUCGCACCCGGGCGGGGCCACGCCUCGCUCAAGGCCGGAGAGCGGGGCGCCAUGUCCCUCGGUGCCGGCGUCCGGGCCUCCGUGCGCCCGUGGAAGGCCGCGGUGAAGCCCAGCAAGUUCGUCGCGGAGCAGCCGAUGAAGUUCAAGCCCCUCGCGAACGGCACCACGCUCGCGGUGGUCGAGCCGGCCGCGGUGGGUGCGCCGGUGGAGGACCACGGGCCGAAGAUCUUCUGCGGGC